AUGAGAUCCAAGGAUGUGUUAUGUGGAGUAACUUUUCCUAGGUUACAACACUAUCUAUCUCAUUUCGUUCAAUCUAUCUAUCUGAGUUUGUUCUGUCUGAGUUCGUUCAUAUCUAUCUAUCUAUCUAUCUAUCUAUCUAUCUAUCUAUCUAUCUAUCUAUCUAUCACACUAUCUGAGUCUUUUCAUAUCUAUCUAUCUAUCUAUCUAUCUAUCUAUCUAUCUAUAUAUCUAUCUAUCUAUGUUCACAUCUAUCUCAGUCUGUUUUAUCUAUCUAUCUAUCUAUCUAUCUAUCUAUCUAUCUAUCUAUCUAUCUAUCAGAGUCUGUUCAUAUCUAGCUAUCUCAAUCUAUUCACAUCUAUCUAUCUGAGUCUGUUCAUAUCUAUCUAUCUAUCUAUCUAUCUAUCUAUCUAUCUCUAUCUAUCUAUCUAUCACAGUCUCUAUCUGAGUCUUUUCAUAUCUAUCUAUCUAUCUAUCUAUCUAUCUAUCUAUCUAUCUAUCAGAGUCUUCUGUUCAUAUCUAUCUAUCUAUCUAUCUAUCUAUCUAUCUAUCUAUCUAUCUAUCACAGUCUGUUUACAUCUAGCUAGCUAUCUCAAUCUGUUCACAUCUAGCUAUCUGAGUCUUUUCAUAUCUAUCUAUCUAUCUAUCUAUCUAUCUAUAUAUCUAUCUAUCUAUGUUCACAUCUAUCUCAGUCUGUUUUAUCUAUCUAUCUAUCUAUCUAUCUAUCCUAUCUAUCUAUCUAUCACAGUCUGUUCAUAUCUAGCUAUCUCAAUCUAUUCACAUCUAUCUGAGCCUGUUCAUAUCUAUCUAUCUAUCUAUCUAUCUAUCUAUCUAUCUAUCUAUCACAGUCUCUAUCUGAGUCUUUUCAUAUCUAUCUAUCUAUCUAUCUAUCUAUCUAUCUAUAUAUCUAUCUAUCUAUGUUCACAUCUAUCUCAGUCUGUUUUAUCUAUCUAUCUAUCUAUCUAUCUAUCUAUCUAUCUAUCUAUCUAUCAGAGUCUGUUCAUAUCUAGCUAUCUCAAUCUAUUCACAUCUAUCUAUCUGAGACUGUUCAUAUCUAUCUAUCUAUCUAUCUAUCUAUCUAUCUAUCUAUCUAUCUAUCUAUCUAUCACAGUCUGUUCAUAUCUAGCUGGCUAUCUCAAUCUGUUCACAUCUAGCUAUCUGAGUCUUUUCAUCUAUCUAUCUAUCUAUCUAUCUAUCUAUCUAUCUAUCAGAGUCUUCUGUUCAUAUCUAUCUAUCUAUCUAUCUAUCUAUCUAUCUAUCUAUCUAUCUAUCUAUCACAUCUUUUCAUAUCUAUCUAUCUAUCUAUCUAUCUAUCUAUCUAUCUAUCUAUGUUCACAUCUAUCUCAGUCUGUUUUAUCUAUCUAUCUAUCUAUCUAUCUAUCUAUCUAUCUAUCUAUCUAUCAGAGUCUGUUCAUAUCUAGCUAUCUCAAUCUAUUCACAUCUAUCUAUCUGAGUCUGUUCAUAUCUAUCUAUCUAUCUAUCUAUCUAUCUAUCACAGUCUGUUCAUAUCUAGCUGGCUAUCUCAAUCUGUUCACAUCUAGCUAUCUGAGUCUUUUCAUAUCUAUCUAUCUAUCUAUCUAUCUAUCUAUCUAUCUAUCUCUCUAUCUCUCUAUCUAUCUAUCUAUCACAGUCUGUUCAUAUCUAGCUAUCUCAAUCUAUUCACAUCUAUCUGAGCCUGUUCAUAUCUAUCUAUCUAUCGAUCUAUCUAUCUAUCUAUCUAUCUAUCUAUCUAUCUAUCUAUCUAUCUAUCUAUCUAUCUAUCCAAGUCUGUUCACAUCUAUCUCAGUCUGUUUUAUCUAUCUAUCUAUCUAUCUAUCUAUCUAUCUGUCAAGGAUUAUUCAAUCUAGAAUUGGCAAGGGCGUAGUCCAUGAAAGACGAAACCCUAGGAUAUAUGGUGCAAGUUGA